AGAGAGAGAGGGAGAAAGAGAAGGAGAGAGGGGGAGAGAGGGAGAGCGGGAGGCGGCGAGAGGCGAGCCCGGGCGGGCGGGCGGCAGGUGGGCUCGGGCCGCCUCGCGGGCACAGGUGAGCCCCGGGGACCUGCACAGCACCGCCCUCAGGCCCACGUGGCCCCCCUUCGGUGCCCUCGCCGAGCUGCCAGGUGAGCGCCCUGCCAGACAAUGCCACAGAUGCCAGGGGAUCGGCCCACAUGCUCUGCAUAGAAGUCGAGGGGGUCAAGAAUGAGCUUCUACCUGUCCUGAUAAUGGUGGUGGAAUGACACCUCGGGACCUGUACCGAAUGCUCAGGUUGACUCGAGCCGCCCUUGGCCAGAAGCUCAGUGCUCAUUGGAAGGAGAAGGCAUCCCAGAAAAAUGUUCCCAACUCAGCUGCAUCCAGUCCAAUAGUUGGGGCUCCUGACUGGAUCCAGGGACAGUGGGAGGAGUGUCUCAAUGGAUGCAGCUUCCUGACAAGGUUGAUCUGUCUCUGUUACCUGAGAAGGGUUUCUCUUGCCUUAAUCCCCAUCCAAGGUACAGGUACUUACUGCUCCACCGAAGUCCAUUCCUAUGCAGGCUAGAACCGAACUGGAGGACCUCAGGGAAGUGAGGGGCGAUGGAGCCAGUGGCUCUCACGCACCUCUGCUCCUGCCAGGAGAACGCCCACCUCCAUGUCUUCUCCCCAGGCCUCCGGAGCCCAUGUACCUCCACUUAUCCAGCAAGCACAAAAUGUUCCUAGAUGAGGAGCCACUGGGAAAGCGGAGACGCUCCCAGAAGCCAGGGAUGGCCUGUGACUCUCACAAGAGGGCAGAGUUGGCUGCCCUCCGGCAAGAAAUGGAGAGCAGCAGAGGCGAAGCUGACCUUGAGAGAAGCCUCCUCCCAGAGGCAGGCCAGAGUAGCAGCCAGGCUUGGGUGGCACCUCCUGGAGAGCAAGGCCCAGGCCAAGGCUCCCUGGUGAGCGCCCGAGAGGACGGGGUGCCUGGGAAGCACCCCGAGGAGCUUGGAAGUCAGCGGUCGUCCUUGAUGGCUGACGUGGCCAACAAAGCUUGGCCACCCUCAAGCCGAAGCUCUUUGGGGGCAGAGCAGGGCAGAGUGCUGCCACAGGAAGUGGCCAAAGGCCCCUUCGUGGCUGUGGUUGGGAUCACCGAAGCCGUCAUGGAUGGUGGGGCUCCCAUCCAGCUGAUCCCAUUCGGGCGAGAGGAGAGAGCUGAGCACCGACGGGGGGCGGAAGACCGGAGCCAAAUCCGUGCCAUGGCCAGCGGUGAGAAAGGCGAAGCCGGAGAUCCUGGAGCUCUGAGUCAGCCCAGGCCCAAGGAGCAGAAGCCUGAGAGACGGCUGGAAAGCAUCUUGGCAGAGAGGGAUCUGCUGCAGCAGAAGGUUCAAGAGCUAGAAGAGGAGAAGAGCCAUUGGCAGACCGAGUUUGAGAGAACCCAGCACGAGCUGAUGACCCUCCGUGCCCGAGAGAGCGAGAGCUUGUACUGGAGCAAGAAGCACAUGGGCUACCGCCAGGCUGAGCUGCAGGUGCUGAAGUCCGAGCUGGAGAGGACCCUGGAGGAGAAGACGGAGCUCAAGGAGCGCCUCAAGGCCACGGAGAUGCGCAUGGAGGUUCUUCGAGAGGCCCAGGGCUCCUACCAGAGCCUGGAGGGAGAAGACAGGAGCACCCUGAAGAAGCUGAAAAGCCUCCGGGUCAAUGUCAGCCGGCUGCUGGCCUCCAUCCUUCCUCACCUGGAGCUGGAAGAGGUCAACUUUGAGUCUGAUCAAGUGGAUGAGAUCCUGCAAACUGUGUUAGAGACCAACCACAUCCUGGAGUGAUCAGCCUGGGCUCCCUCGCCUUUGAUCGGAAGGAGUGGCUCACCUUCUUGCCUUAUAUGUACAGAAUCAGUUAAUAAACGAUGGCUGUCCA